AUCAUCAUGUUCCUUCUCUAUGGUUGUUUAUUUUUUGUCCGACUUGUAGUAAAUAAAUAUGGUAUUUAUGUUCAUUAAGUAAAUAUUAUUUCAUUGCAGUCGCAAUUAUGAAUAUUCUACCGAAGAAGAGGUGGCAUGUUCGGACCAGGGAGAACAUCGCUCGCGUGCGCCGAGACGAGGCGCAAGCGGCGGAGGAAGAGAAGGAACGGCAGAGGAGGGCGCUGCUUGCAGAACAAGAGGCCAGGACCUCUGCUUUGCGCGAAAAGGCACGGAGCGGUUUGAAGGGAGACUUUGUCGAAGAGCCGGUCGAGAAGGUGGAGAAAAGCGACCGGCCGGAACACGUCAACCUGUUCCAAGACAUCGAGGAAGGAAAGAUCGUGACGAACAAAACCAACGCGGAGUACGAGCGCGAAGAGAAGGAGCAGAAAGAGAAGUACGAGAAGCAGAUAGGGUACCUCACCUACCUGGGCCAGGACACCGUCGAAGCCACGGGGAAGGUCUCCUGGUACAACAAGAUCCCGGAGCGGUUCGCGAACUCCGCGGAGAGCGCCGAGGUCGGCCUGAAGGGCAAGUCCUCGGCGGAUCCGCUGAACGCGCUGAAGAAGUACUUGCCCCACUCGGAGCUGACAUGCGGGCGAGGCGCGAAACUUUCGACUCUGGCGAGUCCCGUCAUGGCGCCGGACAGGCUGAACUUCGGGAAAGGGAAAGACGGGAAGAUCGGCAAGCACCGGAGGCACAAGGAGAGGAAACGGCGCAGCUUCAAGCAGAACAAGAAGUGCAAGAGGAGGAGGAACCGCUCGAGCGACAGCGACGCUUCCCCCGGGAGGCGUCCGUCGAAGCGGCGGAGGAAGAGCGGGGGCGAGGAGGAGCGGACCGCGAGCUGCUCCGAGGACGACGGCGAUGACGCGCCCGAGAGGCGCGGCGUGGACAUGGCACGGCUGCGCGCGGAGAGGCUCAGGCGGGAGAAGGAGGAGCAGCUGAGGACCCAGGAGCUGCUGGCGAGACUCCGGGGGGACCCGCCCCCCGCCGCCGCCCCGCCCGCGACCGCCGACCCCGUCCCGGCGGUGACGCGCAAGUACAACUCGCAGUUCAACCCAGAGUUAGCUCGUCAGAACUUCAACCACCCCGCUUAGCAAACAGCUGUACGUAAUUGUAAAAAUUUCUGUUCUGUGAGAGUAUAUGGAAAGAGCUAAGUUUGUUUGUAAAUUUAAGAAAUAUUUAAUGUUGAAUUUAAAUAGCUUCGUUAAGAUCCAUAUUCUAGAAUUAUCUAAAAUCCAGUGAAGCACAUGAUCUGUAACCGUAAUUGUUCGUUGUUGCAUAUCCAGUUUAUAUCAGUAUAUUUUCACCAUUAUAAUAUAUUUUGGUCAUGUUACAGUUUUGCAUCAAAAACAUAUUCAAUUAUAUACUUUAUUGUAAUGUGGAUGUUCCUUGUUGAAUAUCCAGUUUAUAGCUAAGCUUUAUAAUGCGUAUCUCCCAAAUCAAAUAUAUUUCGGUAAUUGUACAGUUUCAAUUCAAAAGCACAUUCAAGUUACUCUAUUUUAAUUUUUAAUGUUAAAAAAAAAUUGGCUAUGUUACACAGAAAAAUUUCUUCCAGGAACAAUUUUCUUCUAAGUUUUAUACAUAUUUUCAAAAUCAAAUAUUUUUCUGUAAUUAUACAUUUUUGCGUUACAUACACAUUCAAUUCCUCUCUUUAUUUUAAUGUUUUAUAUUAAAAUACACAUAUCCCUCACUUAGCACGACUAAUUUGUUCCUAAAAAUGUUCGUGUUAUUCGAAAUCACGUAUUCUGAAGCAUUAGUUUACAUAAAUAGCAAGGCUAAUUUAUUUAACGUGUUCCAAAAUUGUGCAGGAAUAUACUUUACGUAAUAAUAUAAAUGCGUUGAAUAACACUCAACUAUAAAUUUGUCACAUCAUUAAUCUUUAUAUGCCCCUCAUCGCACUUUGUAUGACAAAUACGACACUGCGUAGUGGGAGAUACGUGGUUAUGUACUUUAUCUUCAGUCGGCUGGCUGACUUGCCCGCCCAGUAGUGACCUUCAACUGACGUCGCGUUCCUUUCCAAACCAUUGUCAAACCAAUUUUUUUUCAUUGCAUCAUUCUUUUAACAACCUUUUCCACGUGAAUCAUCUGUUCAUUUCUGUUCCGUUAUCUAAUGUCAAAUAUAUUCCCGCUAGUACAAACAACAUCAGACUUAUAUAAACUUUUGGUAAGAGUCCUUAUUUUGUACGAUUGUGCGCACAGUUGACUUGCUUAAAACUAAAGUGCGACCAACAUAAGCGUGGCCUUUUUGACAAUCUGCGUGCCGUAAUACUUCUAGUUUUGUCUCAAAUACUUGAACACGAUGCAUUAUGAGUGAUGAAGCACGUACAGUUACCGGCAGCUGAAUGUGGGCAGACGUUGCAUUUUUUUUUGAGUGAAUUCCCUGCCACUGGCUAGACUGAGUUCACGGCCCGGUUUGUGGCCAGGCGACAACGGUACGGCACGGCGGCAUACGUGCGGACGUAAGAAAACAUUUGGUCCUUUACACUCCAUAGCCGCAAUUUAACUUGCCACAGCUGAUGUUUGUACAACAGCCCAUAGCGUAGACAGACCUGCGCGCGAUUCUUCUCUCCCCCCCCCCCCCCCCCUCGUUUGGCUAAAUGUAUCCCACAGCACAUGUUCACAGAAGUUGAAACAAACUUCGUGGCGUCGUGCUCGACUUUUUUUUUUUUUUGCCUGCCGAGAUUUCGUGCUAACUGAAGUUUACAGACGUGCUAUUUGAGACUGGGGCAGUAAAAUUAAAAUCGCACCAAAUGGAUUCGCACAAUCUGAAGCCGUUUUAAGUGAGGGAUAGGUGUACAACUGGAUGCACAAUAAGGAAAAAUUACAAAAUGCAUUAUCAUUAGUGCAUGCAUGCAUAAGGCAGUUAAUUAAUUGUAUUGCACAUAUGUAGUUGUUUUGGAAUUAAUAGGUUUGCAAAUUUAACGUAGUGCUUUAAAUCUCAAACUUAGGUUGGAACAAUCUUCAACUUUUGUGGCGCUGUUUAAAAUUUUUUCUACAUGUAACUGUGUUUGUAGGUUUUUUUCCCAUGUUGAUUUUUAUAACAAGUCAUUAUAUUAAAGUUUCAGAAAAUCUGUAAAUGUGUCUCCUGUCUCUUAACAUAAUCACAUCUUUGCAAUGCAUAAUGAUCUUAAAUAAAAGUGAUUUAAAAAAAAUUGAAUUAAAAAUAGUGACUUGACUCCCUCCUGUAACAAUGUCUUUUAUUUUUUGAUUAUAGGUGAAAAAAAUACUUAAUUUAUAAAUUUUUUUUGUGUGUUACAGACAAAAUUUGUUGUACAACUUUUACCUGCUCCUCGUGCGAAAUGCAGAAAGAGGAGAAAAAAAAGUGACUGACUAUUUUCAACCCUUGCAGCUCAAAGAGCACAUUUUGUGUUCAAGGCUACUUACCUACAUUAAUCGAUUAUAGAAACUGAAACAUUUAGAUAGUUUCAUUAACAUAGUGGUUCUACUAAAUGAAAAUAAUUUCCUUUUACUUAUUAAAAUUAUGACUUAACCAUGAGAGUUGAUUUACUUUUUACUAAGUAGACAAAUUAGCUGCACAGAAAUUAUCAAGAAUUAUUACUUUACAAAACCAGGUGAAAAUGGUAUCAUAAAUACUGUUUAUAAUUUUUACUGUCUUGACAAUAAAACCCAGAACUUUUGAACCAACGUUAGACCAAAUAUUUGGACCAGCCUGGUUGUGGUAGCUAUUCAUUACAAGCUUGUCAAUGACUGAAUAAAAAUAAAUAAAUGUGAGUCUUUCCUUACUCGACAGAGAUGUGUGUCAUCUAACCUCGGUAACAGCAAAUUCGUGUGUUCUUAUGUCGUGAAUAAACUUAUAAUGCGAAACUCUUGACACAAAAUUUAAAGUAGAAUUCUUUUAAAUAAUGCAGAGCAUGAUAGGUGUACGCAAACUGUUCUUUCAACUAUAUGUCUGGACGCGAUUCUCCCGUAGUUUCAGCACCUGUUGCUAGAAUUCGCUGUCGGAGCGGCUACGUUGACUAUUUGAUUUGCGGAGCAAAACGUAAUAUAAUGAAACUGCUCAGAUAAAAGCGAGGAAGACUUGAAAGAAAAAAAAACUUUACUUUGGAUCUGAUUUUUGAGAAGUAAUUUUUAUUAAACUAUUUACUGCCCAUCUUCUUAAAAUUUAUUAAAACAGUUAACACAAUAUAUAUUUUCCUUUUGGUUUUGGCUUUGUGAUACCAAGAGCUAGAUGUUAUACGUCCAAAAGUAAAGCGAAAAAACUUUAAUACAGCGGAUUCUGUACCACGGGCUUGCCGGAUUAUCGAAUGCAAAUAUAGUUUUGACUUGAACACCAAGAGUGAAAAUGUGAACAGUAACUGGCUACAGAACAGGAAAACACUGUACUGGAAUAAAGACAGAAACAAUGAACUGUGAGCAAACUGACAGCGGAUAUGUACGUGUGUGUGUGUGUGUGUGUGUGUAUAUAUAUAUAUAUAUUCUAUUUUUUAAAAAAAAAAUUAACACUACUGUGUGAACAAUAUUGUUUAGAAAGCAUAUUUUAUUAAAAAUAUAUAUAUAUAUAUUAUGUCUGGGGUACAAACUGUUUAAAUAUGGUCAAAUUUUGACUUGUGUAU